UUAGUGAGACCAGGACCAGUUAGUGAGACCAGGACCAGUUAGUGGGACCAGUCAGACCAGUGCGUUGCCGCAUUUGUCCAGGAUGUGGAAGUUUGUGCUGACCGUGUGUCUGCUGCAUCAGAACCAGGCUGUACCUUUGCCAUGGGAACACGGCAGCCUGCAGCCCUUUCUUCAACAACAACUGGACCAAUCAUCACCUUCUCCUCCUCCUGAUGUCCUCCAGCAGACAACAUCCUCCUCGUCCUCCUCUUCAUCAUCAUCAUCAUCAGUCUCCUCCGAGUCGAGCCAGAGUUCAGAGGAAGCUCAACAGCUGCGAGAACAACAGAACCUGGAGAACACGGCGGUGGAGCAGGUGGACACCUCCCAGGAGAGCUCGGAGCUACCCCAGUCUCCCAGUAACACCACCAGCAGCCUGUGGCUCAAUGAACUGAUUUUAGUGGGGGAGAGAGCAGGCGAGCGGGACAGAGAGAUGGAAACAGGAGACAGCAGCGCCGAGCGCACAGAGAGCCGACACCGGGCUCUGAUGUUGACCUUUCAUGACCUCCUGAGUGCACCUCGACUUGACGGACACGGAGUCGAAGCUGCUGCAGAGGCGGGCGAGGUCAUCACACACAUGGGUGGGGCUGAAGGUGAAGCAGGCGUGACAGCCGGAGAGGUGGGCGGGGAAACUGCGGACACGGGUGUGGCAGCUGGGGAGGAGGGCGGGGUCAGAGGAGAAGAGAUCGAUGCCGAGUUCCCCCGACUGAUGGACGACAGCACGGAGGCAGCGGACAGACAUGCUAACCAUCACGGUUACCAUGGAAAUGAGGCAGAGCUGGAGCUGGGGCUGUGACCGAAGCCACGCCCCCUAAACUGUUGACAGCUAUUAAUCAGUAAACAAUCAAUAAUCAGACCUAUUACUACUGUACUAAUCAUGUUUAUCAUCAGUGUGUCAAGAGUUUGUUAUUAACCUCUUUAACUCGUUACUAUGAAGACGACCACGACACAAAAAGAUCCCAACGUUUCCCAUAAUCUGGAGAAAGAGCUGUAACACAAUGAUACAAAAUAGGUGAAAUCAGAUGAUUUUACAACCUUAAAGCUAGUUGAGGGAAAAUUAUUUGAAAGUUAAGUGAUUACUAAUAAUAGCACCAAAGCUUUUUGAAAUGCAACCAAAAAUAUCUCUGUAUUUUUGUUUACUAUGCAUCAGUAAAAAAAACUCUUAUAUGUUGAGGUGGUGCAGAAAAGGUGGAGCCAUGUCAGAUGAUUUUUUAGGCACUGAGGAGGCACUUUUCUUUUUUUUUUUUUUGGCUCACGGGUGGGGCAUACAAAUUUAAAUGAUUAUAUUUUGUAUUUAUAUCACCAUUGACUUUUAAAGAAAAAGUAACUGAAGGAAGUUUUGUAAGGGGUUAAAAAUUUGUCCAUUUUGUUUUUCUUUAAAGGUUUUUGUCAAUUUUGCUUUGGUGAAAAAAAUUGCAGAUUUUUUUUAAUUUAGCUAAAAUUUUUGAUCUUUUUUUUCCUUUAAAAGUUUUUGGCUUUUUUUUUUGGUUUGGAAGAGUUAACAGGAAACGAGCUGAAAACAAUAAAUCAGUCUGAUCUCUAUGAUACUGAGCCAUAAUAAUAAUGUUACUGUAUACGUUCAUAUUUAAGUGUGUUUAUCCUGAUGUUGGUGAAUAAACUUCUAUAAACAGA